AUGCAUCUGAGUGAGAAAACCAUCGAUCAACUUCCACCGCAUGUGGAGUCGUUGGGAUUCGAUCGCAGCAGCAUCCGGCCGGGUAUUCUGCACUUUGGGGUGGGGCAAUUCUGUCGCGGCCAUCUCAUGCUGUACGUGCGUGACAUCCUUCGCCUUUCUGCGGCGGAGGGGGGUCGCUACAAUAACUGGGGAGUUGUGGGCGUGAACGUUGUGCGCGAGGAGGAGGGCAAGCGAAAGCAGGACAGUUUCAGGCGGCAGAGCUGUCUCUACACCCUCACCCUCACCUCCUCGCAGGGAAAGUCGGAGCACUGCCUGAUGGGGUCCAUGCUCGACUACAUCUACGCCCCAGAGGAGCAGAGAAGGCUGCUGAAGAUGCUCGUGGACCCCUGCAUUGCCAUUCUCUCACUUACCAUCACGGAGGGCGGCUACAACAUUGACGAGAAACGGGAUGUGUUUGACUGCAGCGACGCGAACGUGCAGAAGGACCUGCACAAUCCACAUGCUCCUAUCACCACAUUUGGGUACAUUGUGGAGGGCCUCCGCCGGCGCCGGGAAAAAGGGGUGAGACCCUUCACUGUCAUGUCCUGUGACAACCUUCGUCACAACGGGGACGUGGCAAAGAAGGCGGUGCUUGGAUAUGCCCGCGCCGUCGAUGCGGAUCUUGCAGCAUGGAUUGAGGCCAAUGUCAUGUUUCCCAACAGUAUGGUUGAUCGCAUAACUCCUGCCACGACGCCGCAGGUUCGUGAUCACCUCAACGCAAGAACCGGCAUCUGCGAUGCGGAGCCAGUGCUGGCUGAGGAUUUCUGCCAGUGGGUGAUUGAAGACAAGUUUUGUAACGGGGUUCGACCGCCGUGGGAUCGCGUGGGCGCUACGUUUUCCAACGAUGUGGCCGGCUACGAGCAGGUAAAGGUGCGCAUCCUGAACUCCUCGCAUAUUAUGCUAACCUGGCCUGGUCUGCUCCUCGGACUGCACUACGUGCACGAGGCACUUGGGAACAAGGAGAUCUACAGGCUGGUAGAAGAGUCACUCGACAAGGACAUCCUUCCGACGUUGCGAGCUCCGGAAGGGUUGAAUCUUGUCGCCUACAAAGAGAAGGUGCUUUCGCGCUUUAUGAACAUCGCCCUUGGUGACCAGCUGCUGCGUGUGGCGGGCGAUGGCUGCUCAAAGGUGCAGGUGUUUUGGACCAACAACCUUACAGCCAUUCUGCAAGAAGGGCGGGAUCACGCCCGUUUUGCCUUCGGCCUUGCCGCGUUCCUCGAGGCGUUGAGAGGCAGGAGCGAGAAUGGCAAGACCUUCCCGGUGUUUGAGCCAAAGAUGCCGAAGGACUACAAGAUGCUUGUGAUGGACAGGGAUCUCGCCGCCCCGCUGAAGCUCCCCGCAUUUGACGCCUGGCGCAUGCUGGACCACGCGCAACUUGAUCGCGACGUCGUCAUGUACCGUCGCCUCAUUCAAGAACGGGGCGUGCUCGGGGCACUGCCGUGGAAGGUGAGGGAAUCCGCGCAGGGGCCAGCAUCCCGCCUGUGA